CACAGGAGCCACAGCUGAGCAUCAUCGGUAUCCCCAGGGUGGGAGAAGAGAGCAGAGUGUCCUGCAGUGUGCGUCACACAUGUUUGUCUGCUCCUCCCACCCUCACCCUCAGUGGUAUACCUGGAACAGACCAGACUGUGGACACUCUGGUAUCUGAAGGGAUGUGGGAAAGAACGGUGGCACGAACCUGGACUGUAGAAGAAGAGCAUCAGAGUGUCAAGUGCGAUGUAUCCUACCCAGGUGGUCAGAAAGCCUCAAGUGAGCGCCAACUGAAUGUUGAAUGUCCGUAUGAAGAAAUCAAGAUGACCGAACCGCCCAGCAAGACCAUAGAGGGUGUAGCUAAGAGUGUCAUUUGUGCCGUUUCCUACAAGUGCAAGAAGAAUAAACCAGCCAUCGUGUGGAACUACGAAGACAUGCAGAGUUCAUUAAAAACCAAAAUGAUCUCCAGAGAUACGUACAACACGGUGUCAAAUUUGACCUUUAUUGGUGCUCUGGGGGAUGAUGGUAAAUCUUUGACAUGCACUGCUCAGUUUAGAACUGGGGAGACCUCCGACUCUGCAACUCUCCAUAUAAAAAAAUACGUGAAACCAGUUGAAGAUCCUCAUGAAAAUGACACGUUCCAUGUUCUGGCUGCUGACGUCCCCUUCAGAUUCAGUGCCCUGACCCGCUCCUGUGUGGUGAUUCCCUGCAGUUUCCAGUAUGAAGAGGACAUCCCUCUGACCCGUGGCAUCUGGUCCAAAAAGACGGGGGGCAUUGUCUUCCAUAAUGGCCAGAGCAAUGUCAUUGACCACUUUAAGGGCCGAACCAAAAUACUGGGUGAUCUGAAUGAAGGGAACUGCUCACUGGAGAUCGAUGACAUCAAACCCUUUGACAACGGGCCCUUCUGCUUCCACGCAGAGAGAGGUCAUGACAAAUACAGAUUCAACAACAGCUGUGUGUUUAUUGUCAUGAAAGCUUCCCCAGAAAAGCCAGUGAUGACCUCAGUUCCAGCAGAAGUGGAUGCUGGUUCAACUGUAACUGUCUCAUGUUCUGUUGCACACACGUGUCCGUCGCACCCCCCCGUCUUCUCAUGGAGUGUCCCAGACCUCAGCAGUGAGAUUUCACACACCCUGAGAUCGCGAGGCAUCUGGGAGACCAAAUCCACCAUUACUUUCAUGGUCGCUCCAGGAGACGGAGUCAGAAGCCUGACCUGUACUGCCACCUUUUGGCGUGACAAGCAACAAGCAGGCACAGUGAAGCUGAAUGUGAAAGGAUCACUGAUGCACCAGCUGAGAAGUUCUCUUCCAGUGUCUGUUCCAGUCUCACUUGUAGUCUUGAUCAUCAUCACCUUAGCUGUAGUGUCUGGAGUGUUCAUGUGCAAGAAAAGGAAACACACUGAUGUGCUGACACCACCGCCUCGACCAGAGAAAAGGAGGUCACUGUGGGACAGAUUGUCAAGGAGAUUCCCUGAAGAGAGGGAGAGACCUCCGAGGCCAGAAAAACGGAAGUCCAUGUGGAGCCGAUUUAACCGGAGAGCACAGGAUGAUCGCGUUGAAUGGCGCAAUGAGAGGUCGCCAAGGAAGUCAUUCUGGAGCAGAUUUUCAAGACACCAGGGCAACACUGCGAACAUCAGCGUUGGCUAUUUAAGCAACACCAACACUGUAAUGUGUGACCCUCAUGUCGACAAACCACGCUUUCCAUCCCCAAAGGAUAACCGGAGGCGGCCUCACCCUUAUUAGCUUGGUUAGUAUAGUGCUGUUGUGUGGUGAGUGGUAAACCACGAAUCAUGUGGUAAAAGGCUUUUGUUCUACAUUUUAGGAAGUUGCCUUGUUAGUUUCUUUUCCUCCGCUUAGUAAUAUGCUUAAACUAUUAACCUUCUGAAAGCUGUUUCUUUAUUCUGCUCCUUGCUUUUCAUUCAGAACAGUAUAAAGUCCUGUAUGAAGAUGUAGAGAGAACUCAAAAAUGUCUCAUAUGCAGCAUAAUACAAACAAAAGUUGAAUUUCUGCAUUCAGGUGUGACCAAUAAAAUAUGGCCUGCAGUUCA